AUGAAAGCAAUCCAACUCAAAAAACUAGUCACAGGCCCAGACGGCCUAACCAUCUCCAAUCUCCCCGACCUCAAACCGUCCCCAGACAAAUACCUCAUCAAAAUCCACGCAGCGGCCACCAACUUCUUCGACGUGCUCCAAAUCCAAGGCAAGCACCAGCAGAAACCCGACUUCCCAUGGAUCGCGGGCAACGAAAUGGCGGGCGAGGUGUUGGCGCAGCCGACGGCGCUGAAGACGACGCCCAAGUUUAAAGUGGGGGAUCGCGUGUUUGGCGCUACGCUGGGGACGUUCGCCACGCAGGUUCAUGUGGAGGAGGAGGGGUUGCGACCCAUGCCGAAGGAUUGGUCGUUUGCGCAGGCGAGUGGGCUGUUUUAUACGGCGCCGACGGCCUAUGCGGCGUUGAUUUUGCGCGCGAGGGCGAAGAAAGGCGACUACGUCCUCGUGCACGGCUCCGCAGGUGCUCUCGGACUCGCCGCGAUUCAGAUUUCGAAAGGACUAGGCAUGCACGUGAUCGCGACUGUCAACUCUGCCGAGAAAGGCGAGGUAGCGAAGAAGUUCGGAGCAGAUCACGUCGUCGACAGCACGAAAGAAUGGGAGAAGGAAGUAGCAGCACUCACGCCCAACAAGCGCGGCGUGGACGUCGUGCUGGACCCGCUGGGCGUCAUUCAGCGCUCGCUAAAGUGCACGCGCUGGGACGGGCGAUUGGUUGUGAUUGGUUUCGCCGCCGGAGAGAUUGAGAAGAUCCCGACGAAUCGGUAUCUGCUGAAGAACGUGAGUGUGUCGGGUUUGUUCUGGGGCAUGUAUGCAACCAUGGACCCGGAGUCGGUGGUGACGGUUUGGGAUGCGCUGUUGGAUUUGAUUGCGCAGGGCAAGGUGAAGCCGAUGAUCUAUACGGACAAGAAGUUUACGGGACUGGAGGAUAUGCCGGCCGCGUUGAAGUUGCUGGCGAGUGGUGAGGCGUGGGGGAAGAUUGUGGUGGAGAUUCCGCAGGGCAAGGACUCGAAGCUGUGA